UAUAUGUUUUGUGUUUGUGGUUUGGUUUUUACAAUCUUUGUAAAUGUAAUUUGUAGUAAUAAUAUAUACAUAAACAAACAUAGGGGCUCUUAGUGGUAGUGAAUUUUUAAGAAGUUAGUUUUAAAUUGAAAUAAAUGAUAUAAUCUGAGCCUGUGGAGAAUAAUGCAUGUUUUUCGAUAAAUUAUAGGAUUACUUACCUAAUUUUUUUCUUGGACUUGAACAUAUAGCUGUACCAGCAUAAUGGAUGAAGUAGACAAAAUAAUAAUAGAUUCACUGAAGCAUUUAGAAUGUGAUUUCUGCGAUGAUAUUGAACAUUUGAAACAAUUUGAUGCGGAUAUGGUGGUUUCAGCUAUAUCAACCUGUUUAGAAGCAGUUACGCCAGACUUACAUUUACCAAAAAAACUACCCCCGUCAAUGAGUGCCAGACUUAAUAUUGCGUCUGAUUUAGCACAACAUAUAAAAAACUUAGGUUUUAGAGGUGAUAUGGGUUAUCAGACCAUUUUAUACUGUAAUGAAGUGGAAGUGCGUAGAGUUUUAAUGUUUUUAAUUGAACGAUUACCUAGAGAAACUAUCAAAACCAUACCCAUUGAACAAACUGGUUAUGUCCCAAGAAUAGUGAAGAAGAUUGAAGAGAAUGUAAAAAAUUCUUUAAAGCAAAUGUGGAUUCCUUCAUCACUUUUACAUUUCGGCAUAAGGGAAUGUGAUGGUGGAUAUUUAGUUAAUAGUUUAGGAAACAGCUGUCCGCUUCAAACCACAAAUUUAGUUAUUCCUGAUUCAAAAAUUAAUGAUGAAGCUUUAAAAGAAUAUUGGAUUCAUAACAUUCCCGAUGUUACUAAGCAAUGCCCUGCAAGAAAGUUGAUUCCUUCUUUGCUUUUCAAAGAUAAUGAAUUUGUAGGAAAUCCUGAUUUGUUAAUUGCUAUUAAAAACCAACGUGAAAUUGUCACAGUAGUGGAGGCGCCUACUAAUAUAAAAAUAGAUUUAUCCUCUGACGAGGUUCAGAAAGAGAUUACAGCAGAAAUAAACAUACAAAAACCAUCAGAAAAUAAAAUGGACGGCCUCUUAAAAGAAGUGGAAGUAAUUAAAUCACAAUUUCUCUCACUACAAGAAGUUAUUAAAAGUAACGAACUUCAGCUCUCUCAGCUUAGAAAUAUGAAAAGUGAAGAACAAGAAGUUUUAAAGGACACAUUGUCAAAGAUAAAAUUGAAAACGAAAACUUUGGCUGUAAUUAACAAAGAAGAAAAUAUGGCAAAGUUGAAAAAUAUUGUUCAGAAUGCGAGUGACCGCCUUGUAGAACUGGCUAAUCAAUGGAAUGAAGUGCAGACUCCUCUUUUAGAUGAGUAUAGAUCUCUACAGAACACUUUAACGACAGAAGAAAUAAAACUGCAAGAAGAACAACUGAAAUUGAAUAAUGCUAAAGAGACUCAUCAAAAGCUUAUAGAGGAUUUAAAAGAAAAAUCAAUUUUGGAGCAAAGUUUAAUGGAAAAAUGUCAACAGAUGAACAGAAAUAACAAUAGGUCAGCAUAUACGAGGAGGAUUCUUGAAAUAAUCGGCAAUAUUAGAAAACAGAGUAGUGAAAUUCAAAAAGUGUUGAAAGAUACGAAAGAGACCCAAAAAGAAAUAAAUAGUCUAACUGGACAAGUUGAUAGAUCUUUUACGUUAUCUGAAGAACUGAUAUUUGCAGAUGCCAAGCACGAUGAAACAGCUAGAAGAGCAUACAAAUUAUUAGCUACAUUAAGAGAUGAAUGUAGCAGUAUAUUAAAGGCCGUUUCUGAUUUAGGACUGGCUGAAAGAGAGUCCAGAAAUUUGCAAGAGCAAAUCGAAACUGAAAAGUCGAAAGAAGUUGCUGCUAAACUCAAUCGUGUCUAUACCGAUUUGGAACAAAUCCAAAAAGAAACUCAAAUUUUAUUAAAGCAGACUUAAUUUUAUUUAUUAUUCAUUGUUGGUGAAAUGUACACCAUAACAAUACUGUAUAACGAUAUUAUCUGAAAAGUAAAAUAAACACGUUCUUUAUA